UUAUCUCCUGACGACAAUGUCAAAUGUCGAAUGAUAGACAAAGCAAAGCCGCCAUUACAGCCCCGCACGCCCUCUCUCUCUCUCUCUCUUCAUUUCAUCCCCUCUCGAUAAACCACGAGCACCACCCGAAGCACGCCUUCCGUUCCUCUUCAUAUCUUCCCAAAGCUUGAUGACGACCCUCUCGAUCCGCCGAUCCUUCGAAGACCCCAUGUUCAUCCUUUACAGUAACGCUUGACACCCCACUUCGUCUUCUCGAAUUCGACAGCCGAGCUCGAGCUUCUGGGAGAUGGGCGGCAAUGGCAAGUACAAGUGGCGGCUCUCGUUCUCUCGCUCGGCUUCCCCUUCGAAGCCCGAUCCCCCGAAGGAGUUCCUGUGCUCCAUCGCGGGCUCCCUGAUGGCGGACCCCGUGGUCGUGUCCUCCGGUCAGACCUUCGACCGCGUCUCCGUCCAGGUGUGCCGGGACCUGAGCUUCGCGCCGGUUCUUGAAAAUGGGUCGGAGCCCGACUUCGAGACGUUCUUCCCCAACUUGGCUAUCAAGUCAACAAUCCUCCGCUGGUGCGAGAAGUGGGGCGUCGAGCGCCCGCUCGCGCUGGAUUACACCGCCGUGGAGAAGGCCGUCCGUGCGAAGAUGGCGGCCCGGCAGCAAGAGGAAGGUGAUGGCGGGGGGCUUAUCAGGGUUUCGGAGAGGGAGCUGCUGAAGAACGUGGCGGGGAACCCGCCGUUGACGUACAAGCACGCGGCGAGCGAGUUGACUCGCCGGGUUGACCGGUUCUGCUCGAGCUCGUCGGAGGAGUCGGUGGUCAUUGCGGCCAGCCCAGAGACUCCUCUGCCUCUCAAGACUCGCCCCUGUUGCUAUUCCUCCUCCUCCUCCUCGUCCUCGGAAUUUCAAGAAAUCGAAAACCCUACGCAAACCCUAGCCCCGAUUUUAAGCUCUCAAGAAGAGGAAUUGUUGUUGAAGCUGAAGAGCAGCGACAUCUUCGAGCAAGAACAGGCGGUUAUUUCGCUGAGAAAGAUCACUAGAACACAGGAACAUAGGAGGUCCGCUCUUUGUACUCCAAGAGUGAUCUCUGCCCUUAAGCCGCUUCUUGUUUCCAAGUACUGCAAUGUACAGGUGAAUGCUGUGGCUACGCUGGUCAAUUUAUCACUCGAGAAUUCGAACAAGGUGAGAUUUGUGAGGUCUGGUGUCGUCCCUCUUUUGAUUGAGGUGUUGCAGGGCGGGUUUAAUGAAGCCCAAGAUCAUGCUGCUGGUGCUCUAUUUAGCUUGGCCAUAGAGGAAGAUAACAGGAUGGCUAUUGGGGCUUUAGGUGCUUUGCCGGCAUUGUUAAAUGCUUUGAGAUCUGAUAGCGAGCGAGCUAGGCAUGAUUCUGCUCUCGCUCUGUAUAAUUUGACUCUGGUUAAUAGUAAUAAGAUGAAGUUAGUGAAGCUGAAUUCCGUGCCGCGGCUGCUGGAAAUGGUGAAAGCAGGAAAUUUGGUGAGCCGGGUAUUGCUUAUCCUCUGCAAUUUGGCUGCUUGUGUCGAGGGAAGGUCAGCUAUGCUCGAUGGUAAUGCGGUUAGAGUUUUGGUUGGGCUUUUGAGAGGGAACGAGGCAAAGUCCGAGUUGGAUAAGGAAAACUGUGUGGGCGCGCUUUAUGCAUUGAGUCAUGGGAAUUUUAGGUUUAGAGGGUUGAUGAAAGAAGCGAGGGGAGAGGAUGUAUUGAGGGAGAUCGAGAAGAGAGGGAGCGAGAGGGCGAGAGAUAAGGCUAAGAGGUUGUUGGAGAUGGUGAGAGAGAGGGAUAAUGGGGAGGAAGAGAAUAUGGCCUGGGAGGCGCUCCUGGAGUCUGCUCAACUUAGUGGAACUAGCUGCAGAGUUGGUGGGAGGAACGUCUAUAGUGCAAAUUCAUCAGAUUUCUGAUUUUUGAUCCUAUGAUCUAUGUUAUCUCUGAAUUUCAUGAUGUGGAUACGGUAAUGACUGGUGUUAAUGAAGGCCUGAGGGAGGAAAUUCGGCGGCGAUUGAGAAAAUGAUGUUGAAAAGGUAUGGUGGUGAUGAGCAGGCGAAUCUACAGCAUAAACGAUCCCAGACUUUUACUCCUCAUCGUGUGCAUAAUAUUUUGGAUCAUGGCAAUCUUAACUGGCAUCCCUUUGCGCAAUUGGUGGCUCGGGCUAUGGACAGAGAGAAACCAGUGCCAAGCUUCUUUGGUUGGGGGAAAAACUAUCGGUUUUGAUGAUUGUUCGUAUUAGAAUUGGAGGCAAGAAAAGUCACAAUAUCGGGAUCCUGGCAAAGAACAAUGCAGUGCAUUUUCCUUUGUAAUUUAACACACAGACGGCAUAAUUAUCAAAAGGGGUCAAAUGUAUAAUGAUAUUCUGCACAUUUGUCUUGUCCAUGUGUAUUCUGCUUACGUUGUUGUUUAUGGUGUUGUAUCUGUGUAGUUGUACAUAGAAAGGAAGAGUGAUUUUGAAGA